GAUACUUGGGGCCGGCCUGGAUUCGUGCGAGCAUGUCGCUUUUUUGUAGGCUGGGGCAAAGUGCUCGGGGUGCAGUAAAUAAAGGGGGUGAAGAGGAAGCGGGACCCGUGGUAAUUAAGAGGAGGGGAACGGCAAGUCAGUCCAUUUCUUCCUUCUCUCUCUAUUCUUCUCUGUCAAAUCUGAAGAUCUGCAGCGGAACAAAGAAAUCGAUGUGCUCCUCCACGGCCAGUGAGAGGACGGGCGGUGCUGCUGAUGGAGUUGUGCCAUGCAAUGAAAGGGUUCGUUUCAACAACCUGACGGGAGAUAGGUUGACAUUCAAGGAAAACAAACGUACAUACACUGUGAAGUGUCACAAGGGGCGCAAGCAGAGUGCAUUGUAUGGGAGAGGGUGGAGGAAGUUUGUUGCACACAACAAGCUAGGGAAGGGUCAGAUGGUUUUGUUCUACUUGGACCAGCAUUCACCAAGGGCGGUUGUUUGCGUGGUCCAGUUUGGAAACAGCACUGAAGAUGUUGGGGGAGGAUCGAGAAUGGCAUGCCUAGUUUGCCACACAUACUGCCAUAAUAACAAUGGUCGGAGCUUCGUCAUCUAUGUCUGUGAUGCCAACGAAAUCUUUCCGACUCUCAUGGAUGCCCACAAGCAGAUUGAACACAAGAUAGAAACUAAAACUGAGGCCUCCUUGAAAGAAGGAGCAUGUCAACAGCCUAAAACUCUAUGCACUCGGAUCCUGGGGAGAAGGCUAAAGCUGAAACAAGAGAUUGGCUUAACAGUGUGGUAAAAAUAUUGAAGACGAAGGCAGAGAGCAGGGUCUUGAAGAUACAAAUUUAGAGGAGAGAGAUCACUGACACUGAAGCAUCAUAGGGUUUGCUGUAUGAAGAAGUUGUGACGUUGUAUGAAGCAUUAGAGAAGGAACGAAGAACUGACAGAGGAGUGAAAGUUUUUCAUGUCAUUUAACUACACAAAUGGGCCUCAGAGAUGGUGUUGACAUCAUUUUUUUUGAAAUGUGCAUCUGUUUAGUCUUAGAGAUGGUGCUGCUAGCAGUUUUUUUGUGCACCAGGGGGGAUCAUGAUAUGCUGAUUAACAAACUAGCAGUAGAAAUUCUCUUCUAGCUAGUGCCAUGAUUUUAGUUUCUUCUAUGUCAUACUUUGUCCUACCCUCCUCUUUUUUAAACUUGUUUUCAACACUAAUGUAUCAUAUACAUUUGUGAAUACAGCAGUGCACGGGCACUGACAUGGAUGACGAAGGAAGCGAACCCGAGAACGAGAGAAAUGCAGAAGGCAAAGAACAGUGUGUUGAAGAUCCAAAGUUAGAAGAGGAAGUAUAUCAUGUACAAAUCACUCGCAUGGAAGCAUGAGAGUUUGCUUUUUGAAGAAGUUGUUACACUGGUUUGUAACCUUUUUCUAUAUAUAUCCAUAAGUUCCUGUGAUCAACUCCACAAACAAUGGACAUCACAGUUCAAUUUAGCUAGCUCUAGAACAGCAAACUGCCUAUGUGGGCAUGGGAGGAAAGGGUUUUGCCUUGGGGUUCUAGUCAAAUAAAGUAGACAUAAGAAAGAAGCAGAGUAGCAUACAUUUUCUUGUCUCUAA